CCACACAAAUCCUCUUCUCUUCUUCUUUUUUUUUUUUCACCAUGGGCAGAAGAAAAGUUACACACCAAUUGAUUUCUGACAACGCCACUCGCCGAGUUACAUUCAGAAAACGCAAAGAUGGUUUGUUUAAAAAGAUCAAGGAACUGACCAUUCUAUGUGGUUUACCAGCCUGUGCCAUCAUUUACAGCGAAUACAAAGAUGGCCCUGAGCUCUGGCCAAACGUUAACGAGGUUCGUUCUCUUCUUAACAGGUUAAGCAAGCUUCCGGUAGAGAAACAGACCAAAUACAUGAUGGACCAGAAAGAUCUCAUGAACAAGAUGAUCAAAGACGCAGAGAAGAGGUUGGAGAAGGAGAAGAUGCAUACUCGUGCAAUGAAACUUGGGUUAAUGGCUGCUUCUAAUGAUCUAAUCACCGAUACUGAUUGUUCGGAGGAACUGGCCAAAGCGGCCGAUGUGGUUGAUAAGAAGCACAAAGCCAUCAUAGAGAGAAUCAAGGCUGUCCAAGCAGGAGCACCAAUCCUCAAGAGAGAGUAGGAUGUUUUCAAAUAAUAUUUUAUCUUGUUUUAUUUCAUGCUUUUUAAUUGUUUUCAGAUUAAGAUGGUUUGCUUUGGAUUGAUGAUGUUAAAAAAUAUGUUCUCUGAUUUGCUUGUGCACUCUUCAGAAGGAUUAUGAUCGUAUGAUAUGAAUCUCUUUGGCCUUUGUGUGGUGUAAUAUGAUGUCUUCAGUUUAUGACCAGAUUUGUUUUAUAUUUAGGAAGAUUUUCUCCCUUAUAUGUUUGCUAUUUUAAUUUGAUUUCUACUUUUUUCAGUCAGCCUAAUGUCUUCUAUUUUAUAGAAAAUCUUUUGGCUUAUUUUUUACCAAAUAAAACAUUAUCUUGCUU